CAAAAAUAAAAUAAAAAUAUUUACUUUAAUCUUCAAUAAUCAAGUUAUUUAUUCUGUAUAUUCAUUCAAUGGUUAAAUGUCCUCGUUAUUUUCAAUAACGAAGCUAUUCUUUCUAUAUAUACAUAUAUAAUUAUAUAUAUUCUAAUAUUAUCUCAAUGUCCAGUAACAGGAAUUCCAUAACCAGAUUCCACCCUUAUCAUGGGGAAAAUAUAGUGCUUUCGGACGACAACACAGUAGCCUAUAGAAAAAAAAGUUUCGCAAAUGCUGUAACAUUCAGUGAAAAACCUUUGAAACCUGGCGAAAUUUUUCUAAUGGAAAUUGAACAGCAUGAAACUGGCUGGAGCGGCCACAUGAGGUUAGGAUUAACUCAACUGGAUCCUCUUACAAUUUACAGAACAGGUUCUAUACCUCAAUAUGCUUUACCAGACCUUGCCGAUAUUGGAACUUCGUGGAUUUAUGGUAUAAGUAAAGCCCACAACAGAGUAUUUGAAUACGAAGAAUGUGAUGAUAGUAAAAGCAGGCGACUUCGCACUGUAGCUAGAAGUGAUGGUAAUUCAAUUAAAACCUGCCAAGGAACUGUUCCUAUGAGCCUCCUCAAGCCUAACCGCUCUCUCUCUACCGAUAUACUUCCAACUGAUAUGGGAAGCAGAAUUGGAGUUAUGUAUAUUCCAACAGAUGAAUUGGAGGCUGACAUGCAUUACAUCAUCAAUGGAGAAGAUCAGGGAGCAUGUGUCAAAAAUAUUCCUUUUACAGAAGCACCUUUACAUGUGGUAGUUGAUGUUUAUGGUACUACCAAAAAAGUUAGAAUAAUACAGUUGUAUGUUGUUCCUAGUUUGCAAUCGGCAUGUAGAGAUGCUAUUCUUCAACAUAUUACAACGAAGGCUGUUUCAUCUUUGCCGUUACCUAAACUUCUGAAGGAGUAUCUUCUCUAUCAAACCUGAAUAAAAGCAAGUGUCAUAUCUUGUGUCAAAACAUAACAUUUUGUGAAUAUCUCCAUUCCAAUAACAGUAAAUUUAUUUCUUCUGUUCAUUAUCACUGAUUAUGGAAAUAAAAAGUAAGUUAACAAAAUACUAGUAGUGAAAUUUUCCCAAAAAAGGAAUUGCAUUUACACUUCUAGUAUCACAAUACGAUAUCCAGUUUAGAAUUUUCAGGUCUCAGGUGGGAAAUUUGAUUUUUUAAAUUUCUCAAAUAAUAUGGGUUCCAUAUAAUAGUAAAUUCUCAGAAAGGGGAUGAAUUUUGAUCUGUUAAUUAGCCAAAUUAGUGAUUUUGAAAACUCAAUAACACUUAUUUUCAUUUGGAAUGUGAUUUCAUAUCAUUUUGUUGAAUAAAACUCUUUUUAGAAUACU